AUAGAAUUUUUACCAGUGUGAACGUUCAUUUAUCUUUCUCUACUUCCGUGGUUCUUUCAAUAAUCUGUCACCAAAAUGACUAAGAAAAGGCGUAACGGAGGACGUUGUAAGCACAACAGAGGUCAUGUAAAGGCUGUUCGUUGUACAAACUGUGCCCGUUGCGUUCCAAAGGAUAAGGCAAUUAAGAAGUUCGUGAUCCGGAACAUUGUCGAGGCUGCUGCUGUUCGGGAUAUUUCAGACGCAUCAGUAUACAGCGCUUAUGUGUUACCCAAACUGUACGCUAAAUUGCACUACUGUGUGUCGUGCGCAAUUCACUCGAAGGUGGUGCGUAAUAGAUCGAAAGAAGCCCGACGAAUCCGUACACCACCGCAGCGAGCUUUCCCGAAGGAUAUGAACCGGCAAUCGAAUGCUCAACGCAAGUAAGGUGGUUGAUACUAACCGCAACUCUUGUGUGGCGAUAUCUCUUCUCUUUGAUAGAUAUGAUAUUGUGCUGCGAAGGUGUAGUGCGGAUUAAGCAUAUUGGAUUUUGUCAGAAGCUGAGAAGAAAAUGAGAAAAUAGAUCGGAAUCUAUAACAAAAUA